AUGGAUCCUCUCUUCAAAAUCACUCUUCUUCGGACCAUUGCCUUCUUAGUCGUGACCUUACUCAGUCCUUUGUUGUUUAUUCACGUGGAGUACACAGAAAAAGACGAUGCUAAAGAAAAAUACAAGAUGUUACACCUUCUGUAUAAGUCCAUGUCAUCUAAAUGCAACAUUACAAUCGAGGAGUUCAAUAACUUUACCAAUGUGGCACACGAAGCCUUGAGCGAGCCUACACUGCAGUGGACCUAUUAUCACGCAACAGAUUUCGUCUUGCAAGCUCUGACUACAGUUGUGUUGCACCAUCUAAAGGACUGUUCUAACCCAGGGAAAUCCUACAACGAAUUUUGCACCACAUAUUCUCUUUUUCUGUGUCAACAUUUUGUUUUUGUUCACCUUUCUAUCGCAGGUUAUGGAUACAUCACUCCUCAAACACCCUCAGGACAGAUAUUGUGUAUCUUCGUCUCUUUACUCGGGAUACCCAUUACAUUGCUCGCGUUCAAAUCCAUCGGCGAACUUAUUUCUAAAUUGGUCUACACAACCGUGACGAAAUUGGAGAAGAAAAUUCUUAACAGUUUGGAACCCCAAAAAAUUAAAACCAAGAGUGCUGUGAUCUUGUUCUUGUUAAUGCUAAUAUUUGUGCUGGUAACCGCCCGGUUACAUUUAAGUCUCUCCAACUGGACCUUCGUAGAAGAAAUGUACUUCUGGUUUAUAACAUUUUCUACAAUCGGUUUUGGUGAUUACAUUCAUCACAAAUCUCACCAAAGAAUCACGCAAUUAUUUAUAAAUGGCACUGCAAUUCAAGAAAAUGAAGAAGGGAUUCUCCACAGUCAUAAGAGUGCUUUAACGAUUUUUUUCAUCAUGGGAUAUGUGUGUCAUAAUAUUAUAGGAUUAUGCCUUGUUUCCAGUGUAUUAAACUCCAUCGUGGAGGCCCUCGAAGAACACAAGUGUCGCCCCCGAUGUCUUGGAUGUAUUUCUCCAAAAACCCAGGACCACGCGGACGUCGACGGCAUGGAAGAACCAAGCAAUCCCCAGAGACGUUUAGCUUUCGUGGCACCUUCAAGGAUGACAGACGUGGAAUUGUAAAAUAAAAACGCGGAAAGCUCAAAAGAACGUGGGAAAUAACAAUAUAUGAGCAGCAUGAAACGGAGAUCACCUUUGUUAGCAUGAAAAAAUAGAUUAGAUUGAUUCAGUACACGCUAAGGAAUACAUGCUGGACCUGGGAAAACAUCACCGCCGUACCCAGUCUUCCACUCCAUACUGCAUCUUUCUUUAUUUCCCUCUCAACAGAUAACGUAAACAUUGAUAAGUAGUUCGGACUUCCACUGUAAGCUACCCUAGCUCCGGUAAAAAAAAGCAAUAGUAUAUUCUUUUGUACGCAAUUCAAAUAAAACUUGACAUUUGACUACUCUCGAAAAAAAAUUCAAACAUUUUUAAAGCUUGCUAAGAGAUAAGUAGUUCUCUAUCGGAGAAAGGUUUCCCUUUUAUUUACAAAUAGGUAAAGAAACUUUUUGAUGGAAAAUUUUCAAUUUCCUGUCAAAAGAGUGAA